AUGUUCUCUGUGUGUGCAGAGCGGGACUCGAGCGCUCAGCUGGACCUCACCGAGCUCAUCGGUGUUCCUCUGCCUCCGUCUGUGGCCUUCAUCACAGGCUUCGAGGGCUUCCCGGCGUACAGCUUCGGCCCGGACGCUAACGUGGGUCGUCUGACGCGCUCCUUCAUCCCUGACCCGUUCUACCGUGACUUCUCCAUCAUCGUGACGGCCAGACCCAGCACUCGGCGCGGAGGAGUGCUGUUCGCCAUCACAGACGCACUGCAGAAGAUCGUCCAUCUGGGAGUGUCUCUGGCUCCGGUGGAGGACGGGUCCCAGCGCGUGGUUCUGUACUACACCGAGCCCGGGGCCGCUCACACACAGGAGGCGGCGUCCUUCAAGAUGGGCGAUCUGACGGGCCGCUGGGCGCGCUUCACACUGGCUGUACAGGGAGAGGAGGUGAGGCUGUACAUGGACUGUGAGGAGCACCAUCGCGUGGCCUUCCUCAGGAGUCCAGACGGACUCACCUUCCAGCCCAGCUCCGGCAUCUUCAUAGGGAACGCCGGAGGAACCAGGCUGGAGCGCUUUGUGGGCUCGAUCCAGCAGCUGCUGUUGUCGGCGGAUCCCAGCGCUCCGAACGAACAGUGUGAGGAGGACGAUCCUUACGCGUCUGGAUACGGCAGCGGUGACGACAUCUACGAUGACACGGAGACACCGAACGAGGUCAAGAAAGUGAUUGAAGAGAGAGAAUAUACGAUGCCUGAGGAAAUAGAGAGUGGUCCAAUGAGAGCACCACCUACUGAAUCUCCCUCGUCCAUCACUGAGACGGAUGAUGAGGACCUGGAGGAAGGCUCUGGAGAGGACAUCAUCAUCAUCAGCGGUCCAAAAGAUCCGAUCAGAUCAGAAGGAGCUUCGCAGGACAGAAAUGUCAUCACCAUGCAGAAAGGAGAGAAAGGAGAGAAAGGAGAGCGAGGUCCCCAAGGCCCUCCAGGACCUGCAGCUCCACACACACCAGGAGAACCAGGGCCCCGGGGCCCACAGGGGCCACCAGGACCGCCUGGAGAACCAGGACAAGACGGCCAGCCUAGCACAGGAAAUGGAGACAUGGGUGGUCCAGCCAAGGAUGGAGCUCCGCAGUGGUCUCCGCUGGACGCUUCCUUCACAGAAAUACACACUAAUGUUUUACUAACUGGAAUCGAUGCCUCAUUAUCAGUGAUUCUCGCAUUUACUUUGUUUUGCUCUCUUUCUGUCACGUACAGGGAGAGACUGGACCCGGGCCUUCCUGGAGAUCCGGGUCCCAAAGGUGACAAGGGCGAUCCUGGUGUGGGCAUCCCGGGACCGCCUGGACCUCCCGGACCGCCAGGGACAUUCAAGUAUCCGGGCGGCAUCGACGGCUCCGGAUCCAGCUAUGUGGACGAGGACAGUGAAACAGAGCUGAUACGGGGUCCUCCAGGGCCACCGGGGCCACAGGGCCGUCCAGGACCCCCGGGCCCUUCUGUGGGAGCUCAGCCGGGGCCGACCGGUCCUCCUGGAGCUCCUGGAAGAGACGGGGAGACGGGGAAACCUGGACUCCCGGGUGAAAAUGGGCGAGACGGUCAAACAGGCAAAGACGGAGAGAAAGGACAGAAAGGUGAACCAGGUUUACCUGGAAUCAUGGGACCAAAGGGUGAUGCCGGUCAGCCGGGGCUCCCAGGACAGACGGGAUCCGAGGGCCCCAGGGGUCAGCCGGGCCCUCCAGGGCCUCCGGGAAAGGGCUUUAGCUUCGACAUGAUGGAUUUGGAGGGGUCGGGUCUGGAUGGAAGCAGUGGUUUCAGACCUGUUCUGCCCAGAGGACCACCUGGUCUUCCUGGGCUCCCAGGACCUCCAGGACCACAGGGUAAAGAAGGAGCUGUCGGUCCUCCGGGUGUUUCAGUCAAGGGGGAGCCGGGCGCUAAAGGAGGCGAUGGACAGCCUGGGUCAUCUGGACCUCCUGGGAGACAAGGGGAAAGGGGAGAGAAAGGUGAUAUGGGUCAGAAGGGAGAGAGAGGUCUGGAUGGAAUCGGUUUACCUGGACCCCCGGGGCCUCCUGGACCGGUCAAUCUACAUGAGUUGAUGCUGAAUGACACUGAAGGAAUCUUUAACCUCUCACAGAUUUUUGAACAACAAGGACCAUUGGGGCCGAGAGGUCCGAAGGGUGAUAUUGGGGCCCCAGGGUUUCAGGGUCCUCCAGGAUUAAAGGGUCAGAAAGGCGAGCCGGGGACUGUGUCUGGAGUUCAUGCGCCGCAGGGACCCACAGGACUGAAGGGAGAUCGAGGCGUUCCUGGACCUCCAGGGCAAACGGGCCCCAUCGGACCCGCUGGACCUAAGGGCGAGUUUGGAUUCCCAGGACGUCCGGGUCGUCCAGGGGUUAACGGCCGUAAGGGUGAAAAAGGAGAUCCUGUCGCUUUACCUGGUCCGCCGGGACCGCCUGGGCCUCCAGGACGACCGGGAAUCUUCAGCUGUCCUAAAGGAACCGUGUUUCCAGUCCCUCCUCGACCCGGCUGCAAAAUCCCCGUUAACAGUGAUUCUACACAAGAGGGCGCCAGCAGAGACCUGCCUUCAUCAUCAUCUUCAUCAUCAUCGUCGUCCUCCUCCGGCAACACACUGGGAACCAAAGUCAUGGCUGAAAAAGGUGACCAGGGUUUCGGAGGAGAGAAAGGAGAAGCUGGGAUGCCAGGGCUGCCGGGGAGAUCAGGUUCAGCACAGGGGGCUAAAGGAGAAUCUAUCAUCGGACCCCCUGGUCAUCCAGGACCACGAGGACCCCCCGGUGCACCAGGUUUGGGGAGAAUCGGUGUGGCUGGACCUCCUGGACCGCCAGGACCUCCUGGACCUCCUGGACAACACACAUCUGGCGUGAUGAUCCCUGGCCCUCCUGGACCCCCCGGGCCCCCGGGACGCGCCGCUGACACCUCCAGCACCGUCAGGACGUAUGUGAGUCUUCAGGCCAUGAGACAUCAGUCGUCUGCGGUGGAGGACGGGACGCUGUCUUUCGUUCUGGACUCUAGUAAACUCUAUAUAAAGGUUCCAGGAGGCUGGAGAGAGGUUCAGCUCGGCGGGAUGAUAGAGACGUAUUCCCCCGUCCUCCCACAGGAUGAUGCUGGACCCCUGAUUCUGACCCCACACAUCAGACACACACCCAUAACACACACCGGCAACGCACUCAGGUUAGUGGCUCUCAACACACCGCUGACCGGAAACCUGGGCUCCAUCCACUCGGUCAAUAAACUGUGCCGGACUCAAGCUCAAGCCAUGGGCAUCAGAGACGACUACAAGGCCUUCCUCUCACACCACCUACAGGACCUGAUUGACACCGUGCAGCCCAUGUACCGAACAAACAUGCCGAUCGUCAACCUGAGGGGUGAGCUCCUGUUCAAGAACUGGGACAGCAUCUUCUCCGAUCACCUGCUCCCCCCCGGCGUCCCGCUGUACUCCUUCGACGGGCGAGACGUGAUGAGAGACCCCUUCUGGCCCCAGAAGGCGCUGUGGCACGGUUCUUCAGAGAGAGGCGAGCGUCUGUCCUCUCUGAACUGUGAGUCGUGGAGAGCGAGUGACAUGGCCAUCACCGGUCAGGCGUCGUUCCUCUACAGCGGGUUACUGAACCAGCAGACACGCAGCUGCUCCAACCGCUUCAUCGUCCUGUGCAUCGAGACCAGCCACGACCACAGGACCAUGGAGGAGCUCCACACGGCACGGGAUCGCCACAGGAGAUGGUUCCACAGAUACUGAAGCGUUUGGACGGACGGGACGCUGUGACGGAGGAGAAGCCGUGACCCAUGGAGCUCAGGCUCUGGCCACAUGAACUUUAACACAAUCAAAGCCAUGGCUCUAGAAUGUAAAGUGUUUUGGCUGACUCCCAGUGAUGGACUGGGACACUGGCCGUCAUUUCUAUGCACUGUACUUUUCAUAUUGUGUUUUUUGGUGUCGAUUUUCCAAAGAAAAGUCUUUUUUGAUCACGUCAUUUAUUUGUUUCUUACUCUUUGUAUUUAUUUUAAUUUCAGUGUUUUAUUUAUACAGCGACCGGACAUCAUUCAAAAAUGAGUAUGGAUAAAUGCAUUUUAACUCUAUUUUUUGUUGUUUCUGGAUACUGCAUCCAUUUUACUGAUAUAAUCAAUCUGACGAAGAGAUCAGAUUUCCAUCAAAUCACAUUUUCAUAGAUUUUCUAAAGCACAUAAACUGAAGCAGUGUUUGUCUGUUGAAUAAAACAUUUUUUUUCCAA